ACGCAUCGAUACGCUUCAUUGCGAAGUCUAAACACUGUUCAAUGUAGGGUCACAUCAAAUCGCCCUUGUUUUCCAGUAUGUGUUGCCGGUUUCUGGGGAUUGGGCUGUGCGAGAAACUGCACUUGUGCCUCAGAAUUCAAGCAAUGCGAUCCUCACACUGGCGAGUGUGCCUGUCCUGCUGGUUGGCAAGGUGAUCGCUGUAAUGUACCGUGCGAAGACGGUUUCUAUGGUCCGGAUUGUAUCAACAAAUGCAAAUGUCGAGGCACAUCGUCAGCAAGCUGUCAUCGCGUCACUGGUGCCUGCCAGUGCCAUCCUGGUUUCACUGGAGAAUUCUGUCAUGCUCUAUGUCCCAAGGGUCACUAUGGCCUGCGAUGUGCUCGAGAAUGUGGUGAUUGUGGCGUGGGCUACGAGUGUGAUGCAGCUAUAGGCUGCUGUCAUGCGGACCAGUUGAGCUGUGGACAAGCAUUACUUGAAUUCCAACGGCAACAGGGUGAAGGUGGAUCACGUGCAGGGAUCAUUGUGCUCGCUCUGGUCGUCUUUGGAUUAGCAUCAGUGCUGCUUGUCUCGAUGAUGCUUUACUAUCGACGAAAAUACUUCCGCGAAAAGGAACCCGAUGUUCCGACCGUUGUGUUCCAUGCCGUCAACAACGACGAAGGCACUGAAUUCAACAACCCACUGUAUUCAAGACAGUCUAUGAUGGUCGAUCCUGACAGAGCAGAAUUAACUGCUGAAGAAGAAGCCCUUGAAGAGAAGAAGAUUCGGGGUCGAUCUCGCACGGAUCGAUCGCAGAACGACUACGCCACUUUGGACGAGAUAAACGGCACGGCUUCGUCAACUACACGUGGAAGUACGGUACCUCUUCUGGCUGAAUCAGCACAACAUGACGAAAGUAUGCGGCCGAACGAGUCAUCCAGUUGA